AGAGUUCAGCCUCCGGAGGAGAGGGGAGGAGAAAGGGCUACAUGGAGGAAUACAGGACUCUAAUUCGGCACAAAAUCUGACCCGGGUAACAUUUUUUUUGUACAUCAGGACAAAAUGAAGCGUCCCCAGUGUCUCUGUUAGUUUUUGUCGGCGAAGAGGAGAAGAGGAGCGCUCUCAAGAGUUUUGUUAGUCCGCGGUACGCUGGAGCCGCCGCUGUUGCUGCCAGUUUCUCCCAGAAAAAAGACGACUUCAGCAAGGGAGGACCUGAGAGAAACUUUGUGGAAAAAAUGCAGGGGGUUUCAGCGACGGAUCUGCCGGCCUCCUCCCUGCAGUACUCGUGUGGAUCAGUGGACUACCUGUGUUCUCCACGGCUGGCAAAGAAAGGCCCAACCACCAGACCAUGUCACGACAAGCCAGCCAUCAAGCCGCGGCCCCAGACCUCCACCUUACCCCGACCGCCGACUGCUCAAAAACCUCAAGUGCCCCCUAAACCUGCGCACCUGCUCGCCCUUGGCCAAGACAAGAAACCUAAGAGGAUCCCCCCGCCGCCCUCCAGACCUCUGCCGGCGCCCCCUCCUCCUCCUAAGCCAAAGCCUUGCCUAAGCCCUACUGGCCAGGGAGCGCAGCCACAGAAAGAGCCUCAGAAGGUUGGACAGCUCAUCGAGAGGUUUAAUAACUCCAGAGUCCCCAUCCUGGGGGUGCUCCCACGGUCGCAGCUGCAUCUUUGUCUGAGAAUGGACACUGCGUCUGACCUCCCUCCAUCCUGCAGCGUGGACGCCUCAGCGAAGGUCGCAGGAGACUCCUCCUCCGUGGACAAACUUGCACUAAGCCCCUCCGAACGAACUGACGGCGUGUCCGAACUUUCUCAUCUCGCCUCAAUGCACAUCGACGGCUCGGACGACGGCGGGCUGGACGACUGCAUGGAGCAUGACAUCACACAGAGGGUGGACUGCAUCAAUGAUGCAGACCGCGAACAGGGCUCUUCCCAUAAACUUACGGACAAUCCCGACUCCUCGCAGCAGAACGGGAAGAUUCCCAACCGGGACAGCGGCAUCGACAGCCCAUCGUGUGCCACCGAAGGGGAGGCGUUCCCCAACGAGGAUGCCAUCGACGAGGAGGAUCAUUAUGACAGCGUCACUGAAACGGAAAGCAUGUCCUGCUGUGUUACGCUGGACAAUAAGAGGGACUCGACGCAGGACGAGGACAGUGACUUAGACGAGGGGAGCAGCGGGGAGAUCCCGUCUCUCACAGACACACAGACUGGGUAUCUGACAGAUACACACGCAGACACACAGAAAUGCUCGGAGGCUCAGAAGCUCCUCAACAUCGCCAAAGAGCUCCUCCACACUGAAGAGGCCUACGUGAAAAGACUCAACCUCCUCGACCAGGUAUUUUGCACUAAGCUCACCGAGGCUUCAAUCCCGCAGGACGUCAUUACCGGAAUCUUCUCCAACAUUUCCUCCAUCUACUUAUUCCACGAUAAGUUCCUGCUCCCGGAGCUCAAGACAAGGAUUACUGGAGAAUGGGAAUCAAACCCUCGCAUUGGAGACAUCCUCCAGAAACUGGCUCCUUUUAUGAAGAUGUACGGAGAAUAUGUGAAGAACUUUGACCGAUCCAUGGACCUGGUCAACACUUGGACCCAGAGGUCAUCUCAGUUCAAGAGUGUUGUCCAGAACAUACAGAAACAGGAGGUGUGUGGGAACCUGACGCUUCAGCAUCACAUGCUGGAGCCGGUCCAAAGGAUUCCUCGCUACGAGCUCCUGCUCAAAGACUACCUAAAGAAGCUACCUGACGAGGCUCUCGACCGCAAAGAUGCAGAAAAGGCACUGGAGUUGAUCUCUACUGCAGCCAACCACUCCAAUGCAGCAAUCAGGAAAAUGGAAAAGAUGAACAAGCUGUUGGAGGUUUAUGAGAGGCUCGGGGGAGAGGAGGACAUAGUAAAUCCUGCCAAUGAACUCAUAAAAGAAGGGCAUAUUAAAAAGAUGUCAGCCAAAAAUGGAACAGCACAAGACCGAUACCUCUACUUGUUCAACAAUAUGGUGCUAUACUGCGUCCCUAAACUCAGACUGAUGGGCCAGAAGUUCAGUGUCAGAGAGAGGAUUGACAUUGCAGGAAUGGAGGUCCAAGAAAAUGUGAAGCAGAACCUUCCUCACACAUUUGUUAUAAUUGGUAAACAACGUUCACUGGAGCUGCAGGCUAGGACAGCAGAGGAGAAGGAAGAUUGGAUCCAGGUGAUCAAGGCCACCAUCGAACGGCACAAACAAAACAGCGAAACGUUCAAUAAAGCUUUCAGUAGCUCCUUCUCCCGUGAAGACGACCAUGUGCCGGAGUCUCCGGGUCCCAACACUUUUAUGGAGUCAGAUGGACUUCAUGAGAGGAAAAUCUCCAGGAAGAAGGAUAAAGAGAAGCAGACAUGCAGAGGCUGCCAUGAGAGCUUCAAUUUCACAAAGCGCAAGCAUCACUGCAAGUCCUGUGGAGUGCCCAUCUGUGCAAAAUGUUCAAAGACCUUGGACAACAAAACGAGCCGAGUGUGUCCCGAAUGUUUCGAAGCCAGCCUCAGCGUUGAAAUGAUGUGUGGAGGUGAACAGAAGAGAAAAGCUGCACCUGAGAGACAGUUAUCUCUGACAGGAGACAGCUGCCUGCUGUGCGGCUACCUCCAGGUCCAGGAGAAGGGGAAGAGUUGGACCAAGAUGUGGGUGGCUCUAACGAAGCCUGAGCCACUGGUGCUGUACUUGCAAAGCAGUGGACAGGACUUGAAAGGGUCGCGGGCUGUCCCUCUGCCCGGCUUCGAGGUGAGCACGGUCCUAUCGGCCACAGCUGACAAACCAGAAGUCAAACACGUGUUCAAGCUCAGCCACUCCCAGCAAAUCUUCCUCCUAAGUGCCCAAGAUGCAGAACUUCAGGCCAAAUGGGUGGAAGUCCUCUCCAAAGCUUCCCGUGGCGAAGCGCCUGCUGAGGCAUCGAUGAGCCUGACUGAACACAGGAAGAGCCAGUAACGGCCAUUCUGAAACAGCUGGACUCUCUCCCUCUCCCUCUCCUGUGUAUGAAGCACACAUUACUUGAAUUCACUUUACCUUGGCACUUUUGUUUUCUCUCCUCUUUGAAUGGACCACUCAGUACUUCCUUGGCCAUCUGACUCGUAAACCUCUUGACCACACAGCUACUUCUUUUUCUUCGUCUUUGUGUUUCUUUGAAAACACACAAACCAAUACUCCGAUGCCACUGGUCAUGUUUUAUUUCUCAGUGUUUUGAACAACUGGAUCUCUGAAGAACAUUUAUUUGUAAUAUAACUGAAGGAAAAUCCAGUUUUUAGAUGAAGUUCUUGUAUAUUAUUCCAAGGUGUCAUGAAGCAUUAACUCUUAGGUGUCUGUCUUUGCAUUAGAGUGCAUGUGUGUGUGCGGGCGUGUGUGCGUGUGUAGGCGUGUGUCUGACCGUUUGAAUCCCUUCCGGUGUUAUACUAAGUAUUGAAUGCUUGCGUAAGAAACCUUCUCUGUUGCUUUCACUCCUGCUGAGGGCACAGUGUUGGUUCUGUGGGUCUUGUACAGUGUGUGUACUAUAAUGUGAUGUAAGGAAACAAAGUAAAAACAACAUUUAACUUAAAAAAAAAACAUGCAUUUGUGGCUGGCCACCUGAUGUUUCCACUUUUAGCCCCCAUCCCUCUGACCCUGUCCUGUUUUGGGUUUUUUUUGUGGUACUUUGGUACUGAUUCCCUCUCUGUCAUUGUCACUGGACCCUGAGACGUCUGAUCCGAGUGUGAUUUCCACUCACGUUUUGUUGUGCGAUAGAUCUCGAUCACGUGGCUUCACUUCAGGGUCAGCCUUAAUAUCUCCACUUGCACACAGACAAAGAAACCCCAGUCUGUGCAGUUCAGUCUUUCACUGACUCUCCCUUUUAGUGAUGUGAUGGAAACCAAGUACUGUACUAUUAAGAAAAAAAAAAAAGUUUAUUCUGCCUUUCCCCUGCGUACCUUCCCCCUAUAAGCACCAGCCUUUAAAUAAAAGUAGCAAAUAAAGUCAUCCUUCAGUCUCCUUUUGCAUGUAAACUAACUCAUAUUUAUAUGUUGUGCUAUGAAAAUCUUCCCCUUGUCCCUCUUUUUACGCUUCACAGCUUAUUCCUGUUUUUUCCUGUAUGUAAGCAGAAUCGUCAUUGUCUUUGAACGAUUGUGCUGUGAAAAAAGAAAGGAGUUGCGCAUAUCAUCAAUAAACAAGCAUGACUCGUUUGAGGCCAUGCUGUCCAGUAAGAA